AUGGGCAUCCAUGCUGUUAGCGUCAUGCUAGAGGCUCUCAAUAGAGAUGCCCAACAUGCUACUAUCGCCAAGUUCAUUCAAAAUGAACUUGACGCUGAACGCAAGAAAGUAGCCUUGCUUCACCAACAAGGUUCUCAACAAGCAGAGUUGUUGAGAGAACAGGGUGCUCAACAGUUUGAACUGUUGAGACAGCAGCAGGCUGCUGCUGGCGGGUCGAUGCACUCGCGUCGACCCGAGACUUUGAAGAUUGACAUCUCCAAGUAUAGGGGGUCGAAGAAGACUCCCUCUUGA